AGACUAAGGCACAGACAAUUUAAGUGAUUUGUCCAAGGUGACACAGCUUUUUUUCUUAUAAGGCUGAGAAAAUUAUAAGGCACAUGUCAGAGAAUAACCAAGACCUAGAUCCAGACUGUACUACAGAUGUAGAAGAUGUUACAAGGGCUAAAGAAGAACUCAUUAAAAAAUGUGAAGAAAUGUGGAAAGAUAUGGAAGAAUGUCAGAAUAAAAUAUCGCUUGUUGGAACCGAGACACUCACUGAUUCCAAUGCUCAGCUGUCAUUAUUAAUCAUGCAAGUGAAAUGUUUAACUGCUGAACUCAGUCAAUGGCAGAAAGAAACUCCUGAAAUACUUCCACUGAAUGAAGAAAUUCUGUUAACAUUAGGAAAAGAAGAGUUCCAAAAAUUGAGACAUGAUCUUGAAUUGGUACUCUCUACUAUUCAGUCAAGGAAUGAAAAGUUAAAGGAAGACUUGGAAAGGGAGCAACAAUGGUUGGAUGAACAGCAAAAGAUAUUCGGAUCCCUUAUUGUACUACAUGAUGAAUUGAAACAACAGAUUGUGACAGUUUCUGAAUCAAGAGUCUUUAAUGAGCUGAAAACUAAACUACGUGAUGUAAAAGACUAUAAGGAGAAACUAUUGAUUACCUUGAGUGAGUUUCUAGAAGACCACUUUCCUUUGCCUGAAAGAAAUGUUAAAAAGAAAAAGAAAAAUGCUCAAGAAUCAACUACACAGCUAAUAACACUGCAUGAAAUGUUAGAGAUUCUUUUAAAUAGAUUAUUUGAUGUUCCACAUGAUCCAUAUGUCAAAAUUAGUGAUUCCUUUUGGCCACCAUAUAUUGAGCUGCUCCUGCGUAAUGGAAUUGCCUUGAGACACCCAGAAGAUCCAGCCCGAAUAAGAUUAGAAGCUUUCCAUCAGUAAAGGAUGGUCUCUUUUUUACACAGUACUUAAAGAAUCUUGUCAUUCAAGGAUAAUGGAAACACUGAAUAUUAUUUGGAUAAAGAAAAUUAUUUGCAAAUUAAAGUAUGUAGUCCAUAUUCCUUCUGUCCUUAAAACGACACAUGCUGCCAUCUACUGCUUUUAAAAAUGGCCCUUUCACAUCCAGGCCAGUGCUCCAGUGUUCUAACAUUGAUGGACGAGAAUGCAAGUCAAAAUAUUCUAGACUU